GCCUCCAAUAGAAUUCUCUCUCCUCACAAUAACACCGAGCUGAAGUUCAAGAAACAGAGCAAAAACAGAGUAACAUAGACAGGGGCGACCUGACCUACAACACAACAGGGCAAUGGCAAGAAGAUUAAGCAUGGUUUUUCUUUUAGUAGCAGCAGUAGCAGCUUUGCUACAAAGCUCAGCGGCGCAGACAACCCAUGUGGUGGGUGACGCCAUGGGGUGGGUCGUGCCUCCCAAUGGUGCCACAGCGUACACAGUCUGGGCUACCAACAAGACCUUCGCUGUAGGCGACAUUCUUGUCUUUAACUUCGCAACCGGACAGCACGACGUAGCUACUGUCACCAAGGCGGCUUACGAUUCCUGUAAUUCUACUGGUGCCAUUUCCCUCCAAACAGCCAGUCCGGUGAAUGUUACCCUCAGUGCGGCUGGGGUGCAUUCCUAUAUCUGUAGCAUUCCCGGCCACUGUUCCGCCGGUCAGAAGUUGACAAUCAAUGUCACUGCAGCAGCUCCUUCUCCAGCUCCUCAGCCUGGCGCUCCUUCACCGGCCACUCCUCCUUCCACCGCCACUCCACCGUCCACCGCCACUCCUCCUUCCACCGCCACCCCACCUUCCACCGCCACUCCUCCAUCCACGGCCACCCCACCUUCCACCGCCACUCCUCCAUCCACGGCCACCCCACCAUCCUCCAGCACCAGUCCUCCGACGCCCACCACUGCUACUCCUCCAGGCACAAGCGCCACUCCUCCUACAGGUGCUGAUACUCCCCCUCCCCCUCCCCCUCCACCUUCAGGCGCUACAUCCCUCGGUGUUACUGGCUUCUGCGCCGCCUCCUUGUCCAUUGUCAUAGCCUUGUUGUACUAGAUAUAUAGGAUGGUAGAGAAUUAAUGUGCUAUUCAUUUUACAUACGUGAUUUUUAUUACCCAGAUUGAGUUUUUUAGAUUAUAAUAAAGGCCUGAUUUUCACACA